ACUAAUACCCUGCCACCACUAGACAGGCUCCUGGGGGGCUCUAGGGUCCAGGCAUCAGAGCUGAAUGCAGCAGAGUUGGAGGAGGAAGAAACCUUACAGUGUAGUGAGGAGCCUUGUGGAGAUGUUGACAUCACCUGUGGAUUAAUGUCUGGCAGCUUCUCCUGGGUCUUCUCCUCUGGAAGGUGGACCCCAGAGUUGCUGUUCUUGGCCACUUCUCAGACUUCCCUCCCAGCCUGUAAUGUUCCUUCCCUUCCUGCCUCUCAGCUCUAUCCAACAGGAAAGUGCAGGGAAGAAUCGUCUAACUUCCCACUUCCACAUCUCCUCUCCUGGUGGGCAGACACCUCACUCCUGGACAUGAGGUCUAUAAUCUCACAUCAUUUCUGCACCAGAUCCUGAGCGCUCGGAGGAUUUUUAUCAGCCCUGGACACUACCAUUGCGGUUCCUAUUUCUUUCUCUCCAUGUACUGGAAAAAUGAGAAUGUCACCCCUCAGUCAGAGGGGAACAGCCUGGACCCUGAAGGAGACUCUGCAGGAAAGGUGAUGUCCCACCAGAAACACAUCACCAGGGGAGCAGCUUCAGGUCUGGAACCCAAGAGUCCUCACAACAUGUCACAGUCAGAUGAUGAAAACCUGCCCUGUAAUCUGGAAAAAGAGGAUCGCUCUUCUCCAAGCCCCCCCUCAACGCCAUCAGUGUGCUCUCCACCAUCUUCUUCAUCCUCUUCUAUACCCUCAGAUGGGAAGAACAUCUGCUCCAGUUGUGGCUUGGAGAUCCUAGACAGAUAUCUGCUCAAGGUGAAUAACUUAAUAUGGCACGUCAGAUGUCUGGAGUGUUCAGUGUGUCGGACGUCUCUGAGACAACACAACAGCUGCUAUAUAAAAAACAAGGAGAUAUUCUGUAAAAUGGAUUACUUCAGCCGGUUUGGAACCAAGUGUGCUCGAUGUGGCAGACAGAUCUAUGCCAGCGACUGGGUGAGAAGAGCUCGGGGGAAUGCGUAUCACUUAGCGUGCUUUGCAUGCUACUCCUGUAAGAGGCAGCUGUCUACUGGGGAAGAGUUCGGCCUUGUGGAAGAGAAGGUUUUAUGCAGAAUCCAUUAUGACACCAUGAUAGAAAAUCUGAAGAGGGCAGCUGAAAAUGGAAAUGGUAUAACGUUGGAGGGGGCAGUACCAUCAGAACAAGACAGCCAGCCCAAACCAGCAAAAAGAGCACGGACAUCAUUCACAGCAGAACAGCUACAGGUGAUGCAGGCACAGUUUGCUCAGGAUAAUAAUCCCGAUGCCCAAACACUUCAGAAACUUGCAGAUAUGACAGGAUUAAGCAGAAGAGUUAUCCAGGUUUGGUUUCAGAACUGCCGAGCACGACAUAAAAAACACACGCCUCAGCAUACAGUGCCUCCACCCGGCCCUACACCAACCCGUCUCACCUCUUCACUUUCAGAUGACAUUCACUUCUCCCCCUUCAGCAGUCCAGAAAGAGCCAGAAUGGUGACAUUACAUGGUUAUAUAGAAAGCCAGGUACAGUGUGGGCAGGUGCACUGCAGACUCCCCUAUGCUGCUCCUCCUGUGCAUCUCAAAAGUGACAUGGAAGCAUCACUGUCUAAUAGAGGAGACAAGGUAAUCCUUUUCCAGUAUUGAACAUCAUCUUCUACCAUUGGUGACGACAUGCAGCCCUUUAAGCCGGGGUCAUGAAGAAUUCGGUUUGAGAUGGGCACUCAGCACAGAGGAUGUUGUAUUCCCUUUGGGUUUUAUUUUCGAGGAAAGUGGCCAAUACACAUCAGAGACUUUCAUUUUCCUUGUAGAGAGGACAGACUUUGCCUCCCAGGAGAAGCAGGGAAGGAUUGAGAAUGGUCAUCUUGUGGAUUUGACAUUGGUAUUAAACUAUAAUACACUUACAAGUGAAAGCUACCCAUUCUCAGACUGAAGUUGUCAUCCAUUGCAUUUGUGUUGAAGAACACUUACCACCAACAUGAGAAGACCUCAGUAACUUGGUAAGAUUACAGUUCAGAAGACAGCUGACCACAGCAGAGAUACUGAAUAUGCCUGGAUAGCACACAUUAAUAGUGGCUACUUGUGGAGAGACAGGCCAAAAAAAAAAAAAACAGGCCACAGUGUUUUGGUUUUGAGUUGGUUGCCGGUACAAUGAAAGCCAUCUUAAUCUUCUUUAUAAGAUAUUAUUCAUGUCCUCUUAAAAUUUUUAUUCCAUAGUACUCGGCUUCUCUGUUUUGUUUACCACCAUCCUAUUCUUUGGAUAUGUUGUAGAGCAGAUUCCUAAAUAUUACCUCUAAAUGUAAUGGGUUUGACUUUUCUCACUCACCAGACUCCUGGUAGACACCUGUCUACAUUGUGGGCAUAGGCCAAGGCUGCUAAGGGCCUUUAGAAAGAGGGAGCCUUGCUCAGAUGGUCCCGUCCUUUUUUUCUGUCGGUUGGCGAGAACUGGUGCAGGACUCUUCUCUACUGAUUUGGGUGGAGCAACCAAACAAGUGGGAAAUUGAUCCAAGAGUUGAAGAAUGGGCAUGAAGGCAAAAAAACACCAGGUCCUUGUGUCUUGGUUUGAAAACCCUGCAUUGUAAGGGGGUGCAUUUUAAUCUAUGCUAUGGGGAACCCUCAAAUUUAUGUAAUUGUCAUCUAUGUAAAUGUAAAUUUUCCACAUCCCGAACCACUUAUUGUAGGGUAUGGCUCUGCAGAUCUGUUUACGCAGAUCUGUUUAUGCUACAGAUAUAACACAUGUAACGAUAGAACAUUAGUGUAGCGUGCUGGGCAUUUGGCUAGCGCUUGCUACAUCUGAACAUUAUUAUCCAUAAAAGAUAAAAGCCAGACAGUCAGAGCAGAGUAUUUUCUUUUUGUUCAUGCAACAUAGCUUAAAAGACCAGUACCAAACAAAGUACUGUACUGUACAUCUCCAUGCUGCCUAUUGUCUAUAUAUAAUAUAUAUUUCUUGCAAGAAUAUCAACAGCUCUUUGAUUUUUUUUUUUUUGUUUUGUUUUUUAAUAGUUUGGUUAAACUUUAUUUAUUUUGCUCUACUUUUGCUCUAGUGGUUUCCAAAUGUCUUAAGAAAAGGUGUAUGUCCCCAGACUCUUAAAGGGCUUAUAUCACAAAGGACUAUUAUUUAACAGGAGCUAGGAACCAUGUCAAUUACUUUAAGGUUCUUAUACACCUUUGUAAAAUCAUGGCAUUACCACACUGUAUGCUUAUGAUUUCCAAAUUUAUGUGAUGGUUGCAAGGUUACCCGCAACCUUACUUCCCACAUGGAAACUUUAGCAGCAAUCUGGCAAUGUCAUGAGUGCAGUGUGAAUGGUGGGCAGCCUUUGGUUGUCAUGAAACUCUAGCUUCAGAGCCACAUGUAUAAAAAUAGCUGAAAAUUUUGACAGUGUGACCAACUUCAAGAAUUUAAGCAAUGCCAUCUAUUUACCUGUGCAGUGUGUGUAGACACUUUUGUGUUUUGCACUUGAAAAAUAUAAUUUAUUUACAUUUGGAAGUGUUGGGGUAACACCACAUGUAACAAUCUUGCUGCAAAUUUUAGGAUAAAUGAAGCAAGACUUACACUUAAAAGUUGACCAUCAACGGAUUUUAAAAGUAUAAAGUAAAGGCAUGGUUGCAUAGGGCUUUCGACCCUUAAUUUGUACAUACCCCUCAUUAGUUAAUUGACCCCUACAGCGCUGAGAUAUCAAAGCUUAAAUAAUAUGAAAAUUAGGCUUUGGAGCCCACUGGUCAUUCUCCUCGGCUUCUAGAGCCCAACACAGUUCAACCCUUUCACUAGUCAGUCACUGCCCAUUGUGCGCUGCCCCUGAUUGGCAGCCACUAGGCUGUACUGUAAUCCCCAUCUCUCUGAGGGGAACCCCCAGUGGACUCUAAAGCCCCUGAUUGGUCCACUGAGCUUCAUUAAGUCCAGGGUCAACGCAUCCGUCUACCAGGAGAUUUUGAAGCGCUUCAUGCUUCCUUUCCUUUUAAGUUGCAUCAAUGAAAUACACAUUUGCACGAUAUUCUAAUUUUUCUAGUUUCAAAUGUAGUGUUGUGAGAAAAGAUUCAGUAGAACUAGACAUUUAUUAAUUUUAAAAAAAAUCUGCUCAUUAUGAACCCCAGACUCCUAAACCCCAGAUAAACUGAGGUUUAUAGUAAUACAUUUCUAAUUCUACUCAAUCUUUUCCUACACAUAUAAGAGAAGUGUCUGCUUUGCUAGAAGCAGCGCCACUUAAAUACAUGUAAGUGAAAGCAGAUGACCUUCAAUGCCAUACAGUCUAUGGACAAGAUUAACAAAUUCUCUUGUUUCUAGUGUAUGCAGCCCCUUCAAUAGCGUAGCGCUGACAGAUGAAUGAAUAUAUCUAUGCAUAUUACAAUCUUAUGCCAUCAACAAGAUCCAAAAGUUAACAAUCCAUCAUAAUAAAGAGUCUUUUAUACACGUGCUAGAACAGUGGUCUCCAACCUCUGGCUCUCUAGCUUUUAGAAAAUGUACAAUUCCUAGCUUGCCCAGGGCAUGUUAAGAUUUGUAGCUUUGCAAUAUAUGAAGAGCCACAGGCUAGAGAUAAUUGUAUUUUGAAGAAAAUGAUUCUAAUGGAUUUUCCAUACCAAUAGCUUUCUUUGAUAUUGCCCUUAUUUGAGUUGGCAUUGUAAAACCUUUAGCAAAAAUUAAGGAAUCACCACACUUAGGGCAUGGUCUCCGAGCUUUUUUUUUUUAUUUCAUAGAAAAUACACAAAAUUGUGGAAUCAUCUUGUCAUUAGUAUUUCUAUAACAAAUACAUUCACAGGUCUAUAAAUUUAACAUAAUAUGGAAUGAAAAGUCAAUAAGUGUGUAAAGGGGUAUUCGGCCCCUAGACAUCUUAUCCCCUAUCAAAAGGAUAAAAGAUGAGAUGUCUGAUCGCGGGGGUCCCACUGCUGGGGACCCCCGGGAUCUCAGCUGCAGCACCCAGCUGUCAUGACUGCACAGAGCAAACAUCGUGACAUCACGGCUCCGCCCCUCGUGAUGUCACAGGCCGCCCCUUAAUGCAAGUCUAUGGGAGGGGGCGUACCUUGUAUUGAGGGGCGGGUUGUGACAUGAUGAGGGGCGGAGCUGUGAUGUCACAAUGCUAUGGCCCCUGUAUCGCCCGUCAUUACGCACAGAGCGAGUUUGCUCUGUGCAGUAAUGACAGAGGGGUGCUGCAGCUGAGAUCCCAGGGAUCCCCAGCGGUGGGGCACCCACGAUCAGGCAUCUUAUGCCCUAUCCUUUGGAUAGUCGAUAAGAUCUCUAGGGCGGAGUGCCCUUUUAAGUAAGUGCUUAUAGACUGUAUCAAGCUGUGAACUCAGCUAAUUGAAGGUAAACAUGGCCCCAAAAAGAAAGUUGUCUUUUGAAAUAAUGGAAAAGAUUAUAAAACUUCUCCACGGUGGAUUUUCAACAGAGUUUGGCAAAAGAUGUUGGUUGUUCCCAGUCAGCUGUGUGCAAAAUUUUUUGUACACAUAAAAAAAAAUGGGGAAAAGAGGAAACAAAUGGGUUGACCAAGGAGAAAGUCAAAAGCAUAAACUUAAAAAAAAAAUAAAACUAUGCCUUAAAAAUAGAAAGAACACAGCAAUAAAAAUGGGCAGAAAAAUUAGUCAAUGUUUGAGACAAAAGAAUUAAAAAAAAUAAGCUAAACUUAUUGAGAUUUACAUGUAGGAAAAAGUAUAAUCUAAACAGAAGAAAACAAGGCAUUAACUAUAGAGAAGCAACCAUGGAGUGUUGAGGAUUGGAUUAAAGUAAUAUUUGGUAAUCAAUCACCAAUCUGCAUUGGCCAAAUAGAUUAUGUUGGAACAUAGUUAGGUUAUAGUCUAAAAAUAACAUUUAACACCUGAGAAAAAAAAAACAAUUGUUUCUUUCACUUAUUAAUGAUAUAGAGUUGCAUGUUAGGUAAAGGACCAGAGGUUAUGACAAGCCUUACCCCAACAAUCAAAGCACAAGGUUUUAAUGUUCUCUCAUUCAAUUGAUUCAAUGGUCUAUAAUAUUGAUUAUAUUUUUAUAUAUUGAUUAUAUUGAUUCAAUGGUCUAUAAGGCUCCAUCCUACAAAGUACACCAGUGACUGCUCUCUGAAAAAGAUGGAACAAGCUUGAUUUAGAAUAUUGUUCAUCAUAAGUGUCCAGGCCUCAAAGAAUUUAGGUGUCAUAAAAGCUAAGGAGAAGCAACAAAGUACUAACUAACUAAAGUACUAUUUUGUAAAUGAUUCCAUAAUUUCUUCCUCUGUUUGAUCAGAAAAAUUGUCAAUAAUUACAAUAAUUUCCUUUCAUAUGUUUGAGUUACGUUCCAUGAAGCCAUGUUCUGCUAAUACACAAAGUUUCAUGUCAUAUCUGUGAUAUGUGUAUAUACUACUAAGUGAAAAAAGCUAGAAGAACAUCAAGUCACAAUUCUAAAUGUGGUGAUUCCAUAAUUUUUUCCAUGGGUUCUAUAACAUUCUUAGCUUUUCCAUGACUUCACUCUCACACAAUACAAUGUAGUGUUAAUAGAAUACUUCUUAUAGAAUUGUUGCAGAUCUUACGUAAUUGUUUCAUAGGAGGAAAAACUAUAACUUCGCAGGAGAAUGGAGAACUAUUAUAAGCUUCUUUCAUUCUGCUGUACUAAGUACACAUAAAAGUUUUUAAAGCCAAAAAAACGAAAUGCAAUUUUCACAUCCUAAUGAAAUCAAUUUUUGUAGGAUAAUUUUCUUAAGUCUUGCGUUCAUUAUGUAAAAAAUUUUUUGAAACAAAAGAUUCCUGAACUUUUAUAGAUUCCGUAGUAGACUAUUUGUGGCAUUUUAUAAGCAAGUGACAGAGGUUUUUGUAAGACAUAUGCAUGCAUCAUUUCUAAGGGAUUCUGCAAAUUGGCAUAUUGUACCAUUAAUCUUCUAUGGACAUAACACCCAAACCACCAUGCUUCUAACUGACCUGAACUAAGGUCAUCAUAGGCUUCUAUGGUGAUCUGAGCUUUGUCCAGUAGAACCAUGUGGGGUCUGAGUGAUGCAAUAAUACAGCAGUCUGAAAUUGACAAAAUAAAUAAAAUGUUAAUAUACUCUUUAGGACUAUGAACCUCUUAAAGGGUUGUCCAGGAAUUGAAAAACAGACCUAUUUUCUUUCACAGACUGUUCCCUGCCUGUCCCCUGCAGGUUGGCUGUGUUUCUGCAUCUCAGUUCCAUUUAAGUGAAUGGAGCCAAGUUGUAAUACCACACCCAACCUGGAGACACACGGGGAGCGAUCUUUGAAAGAAAAUAGGUCUGAUUUUUUAAUUAGUGGACAACCCCUUUAACCCCUUAAUGACCAAGGACAUAAAUUUACAUCCUGGUGCUGCGGUACUUAGCGCACCAGGACUUAUAUUUAUGUCCUGUACAUGACUGCGCGCAUCGGAGUGAUGCUCGGAUCAUGAGUGGCUGAUCCCGGCUGCUGAUCGCAGCCAGGGACCCGCCGGUAAUGGCCGACAUCCGCGAUGAUGUCUGCCAUUAACCUCUCAGAUGCCGUAAUCAAUACAGAUCACAGCGUCUGCAGCAGUGCGGUCAGAAAUAUGGAUGAUCGGAUGACCCGCAGCGCUGCCACAGCAAUCCGAUCAUCCAGAACGGCGCACGGAGGUCCCCUCACCUGCCUCCGCUGCCUUCCACAGGUCUUCUGCUCUGGUCUGAGAUCGAGCAGAGCAGAAGAUGACUGAUAACAUUGAUCAGUGCUUUGUCCUAUACAUAGCACUGAACAAUAUUAGCAAUCAAAGGAUUGCUAUAAACAGUCCCCUAUGGGGACUAUUAAAAUGUAAAAAUAAAAGUAAAAUAAGUUAAAAAAAAAGGUUUUAAAGAAAUUUGAAAAAUCCUCUCCCCCAAUAAAAAUGUAAAAUGUCCUUUUCCCCACUUUACCCCCAUAAUGGGGCUCACCAUAUUUAAAGUAAUGUGGACUACCAAACUAUAACUCACCAUUAAGAGUCGGAACUUUGUAGCUCUUAAAAGAACUACCAACAAGUCUGUAAUAAAAUGAUAUGAAGCCAAAGAGGAAUUAAACAUCAACUACCCAAAGUUUGUAGCUUCAUUUUGAUGUUUGGGGGAAUCAGGGUAUUGAAUUAGGUGUAAUAUCCACUUAAAGUCCACUUGAGGUUCUAUUCUGUCAGUGACUAUUCAGUGAUCUUAUGGAAUUUUGUAUGCUUAGAGCUUUCUACUUAGUCAAUUUAACAUUGGGUGUUGAAAAGAACACAAUUUCCUCUGCAUGCUAUUACCAGCCACUAUAAACAGCUAUAUUCAUCUCUGUGUAAUACAUACACCUCUGUCACUUGGCGAAGUGUGCCAGGAAUAUAGCCAAUUACUUAGCAAAUAUAAAGAAAAUUACAUCUAACCACCAUUCAGCUUUCCUAAAGGAUAUAUAUUACUGAAGCAGCUUUUAAACUGAUCGCUAUAUAUAAACACAGCCAAUGCUAAGAGGCCUCUUUUCAAAAAUCCUUCAUAAUGGACUCCCUCUGUUAAGGGACGUCUUAUGGCGUUGCGCACUGUACAAAGAUGCCUUUGAAUAGGCAGGGAAAUUUCGACUGGGUUUUUGACAUUUAGCGGAUAUACUUCAUGACAUACAGGCUCUACAAAUAAACCGGUGAUCAGCUGAAAAAUAGCGACGAGUAAUUAACUAAAAAACUCUGCAUAAUUAUGUCAUCCUCCUACAGAAAAGGUGGAAUAAUUAUGCAAAUGAUGAAUUGAUUGUAAUGAGAAUCAGCCACUUUACAACCUCGUCGACGGGCACUCUUUCACUGCCAAGAUUUUCAGGUGUGUAAACAUAGUCAUUGAAUAUGAGAUGCACAACGCCGCAUGCAUCUGCUUACUGUGAAUCAGGCAAAUCACAACGAUCCCUUGUUCUUUUACAUAACUGACCUCUAUUAUUACUGAGGCUUAAUCAAUAUUCUAAGCUAGGUCUGCAGCCUAAUACAUGGUGGUGACGUGUGCACGGAGCCUUACAGAGUUUCAUAGAGUCCCUGCAGCUCCAUAUUAAGGAGUAAUAGGCAGUCAGUUUGACCCUUUACGGUGGUUUUGUAUUCUGGAGAUAUUUCCUUAAAAAAGAAAGAGGAGAAUACAUAAAUAUCAUGACGUCUGAUUCAAUAAACAUAGGUUUAGUAGGGCCCCAGAAGAUUGAUUGGCUGCUGUAUUAAGACACUGUAUACUUGCAGAGAUUUUAUAUGGUGGAUUCUCUGCACCUUGGCGUCACGGCUACCUGUCUCCAGUAAAUG